AUGAAGCCGAGUAUGAAUUAUCUGACACUGGAUCCUCCAUUCUACCCCUCCACUCGAGGAAAAACUCAGAUGACACCCAACAGAGUAAGCACGCGUCCUCGUAUGGUCUCAAGCCGCCGUGAACCCACCUAUCAUAUCCAACAUGGAUUGAAUAGUUUGACGUUGAGGCAUAUGAGUACUCCCUUCUGCGAGGCCAUAAUGAACGCCCCAGAAGAACCUAAAGUCGAAACUCCUAUUAUUGAAGCUUAUGACGGUACUACAGACCCAGACAUGCACCUAGUUGCGUAUCGCCACCACAUGUAUGUUCCAGGAACCAAUGAAGCCACAUGGUGCAAGUACUUUCCAGCUACCCUCAAAGGAGUAGCGUCCAAAUGGUUUGCACGACUCCUCCAGGAUCAAUUGCCUCCUUCAACAAGCUACAGGCCCUGUUUUCCACCAGGACAAAUCCCAGAUCUGCACGAUGGCAUCUCCUUCGACAAUUUUUUCAGAGGCCUAAAGAAGGGAUCAUUCAAGUUUGAUUUAGUUAAGAAGAGUGUGCGAACGAUGACAGAAGUUCUGGAUGAAGCCGAGGCCUUCAUUCAUGCCAUAGAAAUAUGCAGUGUGUCCAAAGAUGGGAAGGCCGGAGAGGCGACGGACUCAUCCGGAAAGAAGGAGAAGAGUGAUAGGAAGGUCUCACGAGUUAAUGGCACUUGGGCUCUCUCGAAAGAGCAUGAUACCAAUUCUCCCGGGCAAAAGAGAGGGCGGCCGCAGGAGAGAGAAUAUUUUGAAUACAGUACAGACCUUGUCACCAUCCUAGUGGACGUGGGGACCAGGUUCGACAUUGAAUGGCCCUUUCCAAUGAAGUCUCCUGCUGAGAAUCGAGAUCCUAUGAUGUAUUGCCAGUUCCACGAAGAUAUAGGUCAUGAUACCAAAGAUUGUAGAAGUCUGAAGAGGUCUUUGGAUGGCCUAGAUUCCAAGGGGCACCUGAAGAACUACCUCCAAAGAAGCACUCACGGCACGGGAAAAAUCCAGUAUAAGAAGAACAAGUCACCUGUCUCAGCUGCAGAUGGAAAUCACAACGAAGGGGGAUUCGUAGCCGUCAUAUCAGGAGGACCAGCUGCUGGAGGACCCACCAUGAGGGGACAGAAAGAUUAUGCCCGCCGGCUAGGUCAAGUGAUGUUGUCAGGGAAGUCACCAACGGAUCCAUUCCCUCGGAUAGAAAUAUGCGAAUCAGAUGGAGGACGCGUCGCCACCCCACAUGACGAUCCUCUCGUUGUCGAAAUCAAGAUCUCUAACAUGAGGGUUAAGCGCAUAUUGAUAGAUACAGGAAGUUCAUCUGAUAUAAUGAGCAUGGAUUGUCUAAGUCGUCUAGCACAUGACCCUAAGACAAUUGAAAGCAUCCACUACCCUAUCAUUGGUUUCGGAGGAAGCAUCAUACACCCUGGGGGCGUCAUCAUCUUGCCGGUUCGGAUAGGAGGACGUAAUGAUGGAAGAAAAAUGGGUGUGGACUUCCUAAUCGUCAAGGACUUGACUGCAUACAAUGUCAUCUUGGGACGUCCCACUCUGAACAAGAUCAAAGCAGUGGUCGUCACUCAUCUCAUGCUCCUAAAGUAUGUAUGUGACGACGGAGCAAUAGGAAAUAUACAUGGAGAUCAACAGCAAGCACGCGACUGCUACCUCACCACUCUUAACCCGUCAGCAUGGAGGAAGGAUCCGACCGGGACCAAAGGCAAGAGAAAGUAUGAAGAAGAGCCAACAACAGCUAACGAGAUUAUUCUAGUUAAACUAGAAAAAAGUGGCUAA